AUGGUUCUUCCAAAGCGUGACAAUGGCUCUAUGUUUAAUUAUCUAUCAUCUAAAUUUCUAAAAUUGAAAGAAACAGUACUUCAGUUACCAAAAAAUAUGUCUUAUAACAUUCUUUGCAACCAUGCAAUUUAUAAUAAACAAGAAUUUGAGAAGAUUAUGCCAAAUGACACGGUUCGCAUUGGUAUACUCCGUGAUCCAUUAUCAGUGUUCAAGUCUGCAUUUUACCACUUUAACUUUAAUAAAGUUGUUCUCAGGAAAUUUCCAAAUAUAAAACGGAGUUUGCUUUUACACGAAUUUAUAGUGAGGAAGAUAUACCAAGAUUAUGCUAUAGGGCGAUCUUUUACAAAUGGAAUGUCAUAUGAUUUCGGAAUACCCAAAUCGAAAAUAUCAAAUACUUCGUUUGUUCUCGAUUACAUCCGAGAGCUUGAUAAGGAUUUCACACUUGUAAUCAUAACUGAACUUUUCGACGAAUCUCUUGUUUUGAUGAGAAGAUAUCUAUGCUGGGAUAUACAAGAUAUAUUAUAUCAACCUGUUAACAAAGGCGUAUGGCGGAAUACCGUCAAACCAAAUCUGACAAGAGAAGAUAUAGACAUUGUAAGGAAUAUCAACAAUGCUGAUAACUUACUGUAUCAAUUCUUCAAAACACGUCUCGAAAAUCAAAUAAUUCAACAGAAGGAUUCUUUCCAUACCGAAGUACGACAUUUUAAGAAAAUUAUAUCUAAUGUGCAUAGAUUUUGCAGAACUACCAAAAAACGUUCCUACACAAUAGAUAAAUCAGAUUGGAACUCUGAGUUCGUAUUGACUCGUCUUUUCUGUAAUCAAUUAGUGACAUCUGAACUGGACGUGCUUAGAAAAAUGAUAAAGAAAGCAAAACGAACCUUAGUACAAAAACAAAAUUGGGUAUAG